AUGGGGUGCGAUUAUUGCGGCCCACCUGAUGCUACGCCACUCGCGGCUCCAAGUGAGAAGACGAGCAGUUGCCAGGAUUCUUGCUGCGAUAGCGACGACGCUAAGCCUCUUGACACUACGGCCUCGGGUCUGAAAGAGCCCACCCCGGAGAAACCAGAUGAUUGCUGCUCUCCUGGCAAAUGUGCGGACAGUAAAACCGAGAAUCCUACCGACGCCCCUGCCUGCUGCCGUGGCAAAGUCAGCCCAUGCUGCGACACGUCUUGCCUUGACCGUUUGGCUAUGCGGGAAUGCGAGGUGAGUGCUACGGCUGUUCCCGGCCCAAACAGUCAGCCAAACACUUGCGGUGGAGCUACCGACCGCAAGGCAUGCAGCCAACAUCGUCUCUCUGCCCUCGACCGCUACGGCGCUACUCUAAAAGCCCUAGGAUGUAUCUGCCGCGCUCUCAUUGCUCUUGGCCAGGAAACCUGCUGUGAAAUUCGCGAGCCACAGUCACUGGACGGGAAGCAGUGCUCUAAGAAGUCAUCUGCUCGCUCCUUUGGCACUUCACUGGAUUCCUGCAACAGCAACGACUCCGUGACCAAGGACCAGGCCGCGCAGAACCGUCUUCGCCUGCGAAGGGGUUCUUGUGAAAGGACCAGGUUCGUCAACAAGGCGUCCGCGGAUGCUUGCAUUGUCUCUUUUUGUCCGAAGGGCAAGCCCGCCAAGAAGCCUCCUUUCAAAAGCAAGUGCUCGAAGCCGUGCUGCUCUGAGGACACACCCGUCACAGCUCCAUUCGUCAUGGACCACUGUACCAAGUCUUACCACUCCCUCGAAAAGCCCGCGAAGCAGCCUGCUGCCCAAACCCGACGCCCGGAUUCUUGCUGCUCGGAGACUUCCCAUGUCGAAGAAUCCCCUCGCAAGGGCGGGUGCCCCGGAUCUUGCUGUCCCAGCGACCAGCGUGUCAAAAACAAUGACACCAAGAGCGUUUAUGGGGACUCGUGCUGCUCGAAGCUCAAACCCGUUGUUGAACCUCUAGCUAGUGGGGGUGCAGGGUCUUUUUGUGGAACAGCUAAGAACACGAUGACCAAAGAGCUUCCCAAUGCCGUCUCCUCUGGCUCCUGCUGCAAGCCAGCAAAGCAGGAUAUCGUGAAGACUCCUGUAACUAGUUGCGCGGGUUCUUGCUGCACAGAAAUGCAACCGGCCAGCCCUCAAGGCACUUGCACCGAUGCUUGCUCCUCCUCUGCUGUGCCCGAUCCUUGUUCAGAGAUUGAGAAAGCCUCGAUUCAGGUCAUCACCGACAUAGAGAAUCAGAGUACCGGUAAGGAACAUAUUGUUCUCAGCAUUUCUGGCAUGACUUGUACUGGUUGCGAGACAAAGCUCAACCGAACCCUCGUUACUGUCCCUGCCGUCAAAGACCUGAAAACCAGUCUGGUUCUCUCGCGAGCCGAGUUCAACAUUGAUCUUCGCCUUGGCUCAGUGGAGGAAGUCAUGAAACAUCUAGAGCGAACCACUGAAUUUAAGUGCGAAAGAGUCCAGGACCAGGGAUCUAGCCUAGAUCUUAUCGUCCCUGAUGAGCCCUCGAAAUUCAUUAGUCAGAAGUGGCCGGACGGAGUUCUUGAGAUGGCACCCGUGGACAAGCACACCGUGCGAGUUGCAUUUGAUCCGAAGAUUGUGGGAGCUCGAGACCUCAUCGAAAAGAUCUGGGGUCCGCCAAUUGACCUUGCUCCUCUACGCGGUGACCCUUCGCUGGAGGCUGGCAGCAAGCACGUUCGUCAUGUCCGAUACAUGACGCUUGUCUCCGCUGUCUUGACGAUUCCGGUCCUGGUCAUGGCAUGGGCUUCGCUUCCUGAGAGGGAGGUGGCAUAUUCUUCGGCUUCACUCACCUUGGCCACGAUUGUUCAAGUUGUCAUAGCAGGGCCUUUCUAUCCCAAGGCCCUGAAGGCUCUCAUUUUCUCGAAGGUUAUCGAGAUGGACCUCUUGAUCGUCUUGAGCACCAGUGCUGCCUACAUCUUCUCGGUGGUCUCCUUUGGGUACCUCAUUGCAGAGCAGCCCCUUUCGACUGGUCAAUUCUUUGAAACGAGCACUCUUUUGGUCACCUUGAUCAUGGUCGGUCGAUGGGUUGCCGCUUUUGCUCGUCAGAGAGCUGUUGAAUCCAUUUCUAUCCGGUCACUUCAGGCGUCGACAGCCAUCCUUGUCGACCAAAAGAGCGGAACUGAACGUGAGAUUGAUACCCGACUUCUUCAAUACGGCGACAUCUUCAAAGCUCUCCCUGACACCAGAAUUCCGACCGACGGCACUAUCAUCAAUGGGUCUUCUGAGGUUGAUGAGUCUAUGAUCACUGGUGAAUCUAAACCGGUAGAGAAACAUCCCAAGUCUGUGGUGAUUGCUGGGUCUAUCAAUGGACCUGGGGUUAUUACUGUUCGACUGAACCGUUUGCCUAGCGAUAACACUAUCAAUGCCAUUGCUGCGAUGGUCGAUGAGGCCAAAUUGUCGAAACCCAAGCUGCAGGAUCUCGCAGACCGGGUAGCAUCUUACUUCGUCCCGGUUGUGCUGGCAUUGACAAGCAUCACGUUCGUCAUCUGGGUUGCAGUAGGCAUGACUAUUCGUGGUUAUGAUGGAUCCGAAGCUACGAUUCAGGCCAUCACCUACGCCAUUAGUGUUCUCACCGUCUCUUGCCCCUGCGCCAUUGGACUGGCUGUUCCCAUGGUCAUUGUGAUUACCAGCGGAGUCGCGGCGGAAAGAGGUAUCAUCUUUAAGUCAGCUGAUGCUAUUGAAGUGGCUCAUAAGACGUCUCACGUCGUGUUUGACAAGACUGGGACCUUGACUCAGGGAAAGCUUUCUGUCGUCACGAAGGCCUGCUACGACGUGGACAAGCUCCCGCUUCUUCUAGGCCUCAUCGAAAACAGUCGACAUCCAGUCUCAGUUUCUGUGGCUGCUCACCUCAAGGAUGCCGGAGUUAUGUCUUCGACUGUUCCUGAGCCCAAGAGCCUUACUGGCAAAGGUGUUGAAACCACCUUCGGUGGCCGGAAACUUCGAGCAGGCAAUUCUCGCUGGCUGAAUUUAUCGGAAAAUGAACUGAUUCAACGAAUACUUGCUCAAGGGUACACUGUCUUCUGCUUUACUAUCGACAAUGCGUUACAGGCGGUCUAUGGUCUUGACGACGAGAUUCGACCUGACGCUGCGGGGACGAUUGAGACCUUGCAGAAGCGUGGCGUCUCGGUACAUGUCAUUUCUGGCGACGAUGACGGAGCUGUUCAGUCUUUGGCGUCCAAGCUUAGCAUUCCUGGCGGCAAUGUGCGUUCUCGAAGCUCGCCCGCCGACAAGAAGGACUACAUCCAGGCGCUCCUCGGUACUGGCAUAGAUAGUAAGAAACCGGUUGUUGUUUUUUGCGGUGACGGCACGAACGACGCCGUUGCUCUCGCACAGGCUACGAUCGGCGUCCACAUGAACGAAGGCACGGAUGUCGCGCAAUCUGCCGCGGAUGUGGUCCUCAUGCGGCCUUCUCUGGCUGGUAUCGUCACUAUGAUGGACGCUAGUCGGAAAUCUGUCAACCGCAUCAAGUUCAACUUUACAUGGAGCUUCGUGUACAACACCUUUGCAGUCCUUCUCGCUGCGGGUGCUUUUGUCAAUGCAAGAAUUCCUCCAGAGUUUGCGGGACUGGGAGAGUUGGUGAGUGUGUUGCCAGUCAUUGCUGCUGCGCUGCUUCUGCGCUGGUCGAAGAUCUAG